ACAAUAAAAAACAUUUCCGAGUAAAAAAAUUUCUACGCUGGAAAUUUUCGCAAUUUUCUUCGCAUUUCUGCAAUUUAGCGAUAAUUUUUGGAAUAAAUUUCGUGGAAGUGAUUUUCAUAGGAUAAUUAGAGAUUCAACAGUUGAAGAUGAUUAUGUAGCUGAGACCACUUUCAUCGUACGCGGAUUAUGUAUCAUGGAUGAUUAUGAUAGGAAAGAAUACAACAAGCGAAAGAAGAAUUUAUUUGUGGGACUGAACAAUUUUCUCGGAUGAGAAAUAAAUUUCUGUGUAGGAAAUUAAGACUCGUAGUAUAUGGAGUCUGUAAUAAAAUUGGAUAAAGAUGAGAAACCGUGGCUGAAACCUUCAUCGAUAUUACUAUCGAAACAUGAGAACGAUAAAGAGAAAAAAAUACACGUACUUCACGAGGGUACUUCUCAACCAACCAUCAUACUCAAAACCAGAGAUGGAGAAACACGAGCUUUGUCACCAAACCAGGCUCAACAGAUGUCUUCCACCAUUGCUAAGCCUAAGAAAGAUGCCGAAACUUAUAACGUAGCUAUUAAAAGUAAAAGUGUUUUGGCCAAGAAUACCAUACCAACUAAUGGUCUGUUAACCGUACCUUCGAUGACCGGUAGUCUAUGCCUUAUCGAAGAUGGUCAGUUUACCGGAGAUGGAGUGUUAGAUUAUUUAACCGAACACAACGAAUUCCUGGUGAUCGGUUGUCUAGGCUUGCAAGGAGUUGGGAAAUCUACUCUGAUGUCGAAAUUAUGUGGAAAUGCUGAAAAGAAAGAAAUUUUCAAGCUUCAGAAUCAAGAUAAUAUCGUUACCUGUACUCAUUGUACUUCGUCCAUUGAUCUAUUUGUGUCCAAGAAUCGGAUAUUCUUCCUCGAUACGCCUCCGUUACUUUCACCCUCGUUGAUGGAUAAAAUAAUUUACCAAGAGUCGAAGAAGGCGCCAUUUUCAUCGGCACCUCAACCGUUCAGUGGCGGAUCGCAGAUAUCCUGUGGAGAUUUUUCGUCUACCGAAAAUGCAUUGGAAAUUAUCUCGUUGCAAACAGCUGCGUUUAUUUUAUCAGUUUGUCACGUCGUUAUUCUAGUUCAAGACUGGUUCUAUGAUCCGAACUUAUUGAGAUUUCUACAAACGGCUGAAAUGUUGAAACCACCUAUGCCUACGACAUCGCAUAACGAAGAAUUGACCGAGUAUUUCCCUCAUGUGGUAUUUUUACAGAAUAAAGCUCAAUAUUCGGAUUAUACCCAGAGUACUAUUAGUACCAUGCAGGAUAUGUAUAGCCAAACGUUUCUCAGAUCAAGAUUACAAAUCCAGAGUGGCAUAGGUAUGGCGAAUGGAACGAUUAUUAAUCAUUUAAAUUCGUGUUCUUGCGGUGACCCAAUCAAUCUCUACGUACUUCCGGAUUUAGACGCAGAUGAAAAGAGUGAUUUCGUAGAUGGACAUCCCGGAUUCUGUAAUUUAUUGGAAAAACUAAAAAAAGACGUAUUCGGUAUACCGAAAAACCCUCUAACGCAUGCUCCGCUGUCUGAAAAAAAUUGGUUUCAUUACAGCAGUAAAGUGUGGGAAGCUAUAAAAAGUAGCUCGUUUUUCCACGAAUACGAUCGUUUGCUGUCUAAACACGAGUAAUUCUUGGAUAAAGAAAUUGUCGUGGAAUUAUUAAGUAAUUAAACAAUGGAGAGAACGCUAGUAGUGAUGUGCUGCAGCGAUCAUAUCCAUAAAAGGUCGAUGUAGAUCGAUUCUGUAUCUCUAUAUAGCUAAACAUG